AUGGCUAACGAUAACGCACCUAUAGAAUGGGUUGAAGUCAUCUGGAAAAUUGGAAAGCCGGGCCCUAAAGCCAGACAAAACGCACAAGAUUUGUUGAAGGCACACUGGAAAACAGCAACUUUGAACCAGCGUCCAGUCACAAGUCUCCUCAUCAGGUCUCUGUUACACAAUACAACCAAAACCACUUCUUUACGACAUGGUAAGCCUUGUUUCGGUUCCAAGAGCGACGGAUGGCACGUGACAACGUCGUGGAAGAAGACUGAGAGAUUAUUCAUCACAGCGCAUGGUUAUACCAAUGGGCCACAUGACUUCAAUCCCAAGUCAUCAACUUUAGGUCGCUGGGAGCCGAAAUCCAUUGACAAAGCUGACACAUGUGGCAAUCCUAUCUGGCCAGCCGAGCCUCUUGAUGUUAGGAAAUACACCAGAGAAUAUCAUCCGAAAGUGUUUUUAGAUAGUCUGAUACGAGAGGAUGAAACUGGGCCAGAUCUAUUGGUCUCAGAGCAAUCCCAUGAAGGGCAAGGACUCCCACAGAGUGAUGUGACAAAUCAACUCUUCAGUCAAAUGACACUUUUUGAUGAAAGGCAUCAGGAUAUCAUUCAAUUGGAUUCUCAGACGACGAGUUAA